AUGGAACCUAGACUGGUAAAUCUGUUACUCAUCUGGAUAGGAGAAUAUCCAGGGAAAGGGACAAUAUCGGCUUUGACUGGAUUCAUGGACGCCGAGAGUGUUCUGACUGGUUGGCUGGUUUGCUCCUUUUGCUUAUCUGAUCUUUUUUCGGCCAUUGCUUUCCCUGUAAGAAUUCCCGGGUAA